UGGAAAAUCUAACUGUAAUUAUUUGGGGGAAGGAGGCAGGCAAUUGCUAACCAAGUCACCGUUGUCCCAUUUUCCCAAAUCAUGAUUCAGCUUCAACGAGCUCCCCCGACUUUACACUUCCUUCAUUUUGAUCUUUCCUCUCGCAUCCAUCCCUUCCUCUGAUUCAAUCAGAUCUUGAGAAAAUCCCUGAAAUUCACCCAUCUCGUCUGUAUCAUAUUAAUCAAUUAAUAGAAAAACCGAAAGAACAAAGAAAUGGCGGGGGCGGCAUCGGCACUAUUCCUUCUAGAUAUAAAGGGCCGCGUUCUGGUGUGGCGUGACUACCGUGGCGAUGUCUCCGCUGCACAAGCUGAACGUUUUUUUACCAAACUCAUCGAAAAAGAGGGAGAUCCGCAGUCGCAAGAUCCAGUGGUAUACGAUAAUGGAGUAACUUACAUGUUUGUACAGCACAGCAACGUCUACUUGAUGACUGCAACGAGGCAGAAUUGCAAUGCUGCCAGUCUUCUUUUCUUCCUGCACCGUGUAGUUGAUGUUUUCAAGCAUUAUUUUGAGGAGUUAGAAGAGGAAUCGCUUAGGGAUAACUUUGUUGUAGUGUACGAGUUACUUGACGAGAUUAUGGAUUUUGGCUACCCUCAAUACACAGAAGCAAAAAUACUUAGUGAAUUUAUUAAGACUGAUGCAUAUAGGAUGGAAGUAACACAGAGGCCUCCAAUGGCUGUUACAAAUGCGGUCUCUUGGCGUAGUGAAGGAAUAAACUACAAGAAGAAUGAAGUUUUUCUGGAUGUGGUUGAAAGUGUGAACAUCCUCGUCAACAGCAAUGGACAAAUAAUUAGGUCGGAUGUUGUUGGGGCAUUGAAGAUGAGAACUUAUUUGAGUGGUAUGCCUGAGUGUAAACUUGGUCUAAAUGAUAGAGUAUUGCUUGAAGCACAAGGCCGAGUGACAAAGGGAAAGGCAAUUGAUUUGGAGGAUAUAAAGUUCCAUCAGUGUGUACGUCUGGCCCGAUUUGAAAAUGACAGGACUAUAUCCUUUAUACCUCCUGAUGGGUCCUUUGAUCUCAUGACGUAUAGACUUAGUACUCAGGUAAAGCCUCUCAUCUGGGUAGAAGCUCAAGUUGAGAAACAUUCAAGAAGCCGUGUUGAGAUUAUGGUAAAGGCUAGAAGUCAGUACAAGGAGCGUAGUACUGCUACAAAUGUUGAGAUUGCGAUGCCUGUGCCUACUGAUGCUUCCAGUCCAAAUAUUCGGACAUCAAUGGGAUCUGCAGCUUAUGCACCUGAAAAUGAUGCAUUAAUGUGGAAAAUAAGAUCUUUUCCUGGUGGAAAGGAGUAUAUGUUGAGGGCCGAGUUUACUCUUCCUAGCAUAACAGAUGAAGAGGCAACUCCAGAGAGAAAAGCUCCUAUUCGUGUGAAGUUUGAAAUUCCAUAUUUUACCGUUUCUGGGAUACAGGUUCGAUAUCUGAAGAUCAUUGAAAAAAGUGGCUACCAGGCUCUUCCAUGGGUACGAUAUAUUACAAUGGCAGGCGAGUAUGAACUAAGACUUAUUUAAUGCCAGUUCCUUUAAUAUUGAGAGAUCCAGUUCACCGCAUUUUUCGAGAGUUAGAAUGGACAUAAGGAUACAAGGAAAGCGGUUGAUAAACAAAAGCCCUUGUGAAGAGCAUGAAAGAGUGGUUCCUCCUAAAAAAACAAAGCACUUUUCUGCUUCAUAUUUAUAAUGUAUGCGUUAUAAUUGUUUUAUCUAAAUUAGGUGUGAGAGUUUAUAAUCACCAACAUUUUUCCCUUAUCAAACUACAAAUCGACUACUGUGAA